GUAUUUGGAAAUUAGAACAUAUAAAGCUGUUGUCCUAUACACCUCACUCGCCUUUAUUGUGCUUACUUUAAUUGGGCAUGCAAUUGCUGGAGAUCCUUAUGCUCUUCCAAACAAGACUUAUCCAAUUAAUCCAAGUCAUUUCGACGAUGUACUAGUCAAUUUUUAUAUUUUUGCCGCAUAUAACGAAACACUAGAUCCGAAGAUCUCACAUGUCAAUCCUAUUUAUGUAUUUCUUCAAAAUCCUGACGAUAAUAUGGAUAAUAUUAUGCAGCCAAGCAUUAUCGAUUUGAUUCCUGGUGAUGAUGGAUACUCUGAUCUUAAAAGAAUAAACAUAGUUACUGGAUUAACGAAGAGAUCUGGCAAUAUAACUUCAUACGAUGAUUUGAAAAAACUUGGUAACAGUGUACGCAUUUUCCAAUCUGAUAUUUAUUACAAUCUUCCAGUUG